UCUGUUGCUUCUCUCCGACAAAGCUCUCAACUUUGGGACGUCAAGCUCUCCGUCUCUCUCUCUCUCUCUGUGCGUAUCUGCGGGAUUGAGUCUUCUGCUGAUUCAGUGAUGCCCUUCGCCCUUCAGCUGAAGGAGCUGAGCUGAGCUGAGCUCCCCCAACCCCCAACCCCCGCCCCACCGCCACAAAGAGGAAAAAAUCUCACUCUCUCUCUCUCUCUCUCUCUCUCUCUCUCUCUCCUCGGCCAUGUACAGCGGCUCCAGCGACGGCGAGAGCCACGAGGCCUCGCAGAGGAAGAUCCCGCCCGCCUCCUCCAUGCACUGGGUCCGUAACCUCCGCCGCUUCAUCGGAUCCGGCGCCGGCCUCGGAUCAGAAGCCCUCAUGGAGCUUGAAACGAAGAGAAUUUUGCUAGACAUAUUCAAAGACAAGCAGCAAAAAAGUGCUGAAGCUGGUUCUAUUCCAAGUUUUUAUAAGAAGAAACCUGAAGAGGGAUCCAUCAGUCACAGGGUUCAUAGGCUAGCCAAGUAUCGGUUUUUGAAGAAACAAUCGGAUCUUUUGUUGAAUGCAGAUGAUUUGGAUGCAAUGUGGGUUUGCUUAAGAGAAAAUUGUGUCAUUGACGAUGCAACCGGCGCAGAAAAGAUGAAUUAUGAGGAUUUUUGCCACAUUGCCUCUGUUUGUACAGAGCAAAUAGGCCCCAAGUGCCGACGGUUUUUCAGCCCUUCAAAUUUUAUGAAGUUUGAGAAAGAUGAAUCAGGAAGAAUUGCCAUUCUGCCUUUCUACCUUUAUGUGAUGCGCACGGUUUCACUAACACAGGCAAGAAUUGAUAUGAGCGAGCUGGAUGAGGAUUCUGAUGGUUUCCUGCAGUCUCAUGAAAUGGAAGCGUACAUAAGGGGCCUCAUCCCUAAUUUGGCCCAGCUACGCGAUAUGCCUGCAGCCUUUAUUCAGAUGUACUGCCGUAUAGCUGCCCGGAAAUUUUUCUUCUUUUGCGAUCCUCACAGACGUGGGAAAGCUUGUAUAAAGAAGGUGCUGCUUAGCAACUGCCUUCAAGAACUGAUGGAAUUGCACCAGGAAAGUGAGGAAGAGGUUACAGACACUGAGCAAGCUGAAAAUUGGUUUUCAUUGACAUCCGCACAGAGAAUAUGCGAUAUGUUCCUGGCACUUGAUAAAGAUAUGAAUGGAUCGCUUAGCAAGCAGGAGCUUCAAGAAUAUGCUGAUGGUACUCUAACAGAAAUUUUCAUUGAAAGAGUGUUUGAUGAGCAUGUACGCCGCGGCAAAACUGGAGGAGGAAACUCCAGGGAGAUGGACUUUGAAAGCUUUCUUGACUUUGUGUUGGCUCUGGAGAAUAAAGACACUCCCGAAGGAUUGACAUACUUGUUCCGUUGUCUUGAUCUUAAUGGAAGAGGAUUUCUUACUACUGCUGAUAUUCAUUCUCUUUUCAGAGACGUGCACCAGAAAUGGAUCGAGGGCGGUAACUAUGAGCUAUGCAUUGACGAUGUGAGGGACGAGAUAUGGGAUAUGGUGAAACCUGCUGACCCACUGAAAAUUACAUUGGCUGAUCUUCUCACCUGCAAGCAAGGAGGGACAGUCGCCAGCAUGCUGAUCGAUGUGCGAGGUUUCUGGGCCCAUGAUAACAGAGAGAACCUUCUCCAAGAAGAGGAAGAGCCGGAGGAGGAGCAGUCAUAGACACCAUCUUUCCCUGAUCACUAACACAAAAUACCGAUCGGUGUGCCGUAGUUUUAAUCUAUUGAAGUUGCAUUUGUCUUCCGAUGCUUGAAAGUUGUAGAUAUAGAUAUUGUGACUUGCUACAAUUCUAAAUGUCCAGGCUGCAGCUGUUGCUCGGACAUGGAUGUGUUAGAAGAGGGGAAGAGUAAUUGAUGAUAGGAGUGACGUUGAGAUUCUCAAUAGAAUGAACUGUGUGCAGUGUUAUCCUAACUACAA